AUGUUGAAAAGAGUAUUAUUUUUCUUUUUACUGGGUAUUCUUUGUUUAACCUUGACCAAGGCAGAUCGUAUUAAAUCGGAUCGUUGGGGUUUCGAACAUGCUCCAGCCAACUUCUUUUAUUUUAAAAAUAGUGACUCACUUUUAUAUCUUGAUGUAAGCGGUAAUGUCUGGAGAUCAAAUGAUGCGGGCGUUAUGUGGGACCCGAUUAACGAUAUUCCAAAGAAUAGCGCUACCGCUUUAUAUGAACAUCCUUUCGAUAAUAAUAAGGCUUAUGUUCUUACACGUUACCUUAAACAUUAUAAAACAUCUGAUAAAGGGGCUAAUUGGCAGGAAUUUACAACAGAAAUCCAACCAGCAAGAAAUGAUAGGGCUUUGUCCUUUCAUGCUCAUAGAGACGGUAACAUAUUAUUUAAAGGAAGUAAAUGUGUUGCUAUGUUUGAAUGCAUAGAUGUGACUUAUUACACUACAGACGGAUUUGAUACUUCACCAAAAUUACUUCAUGAAAAUAUUAAUAAUUGUAUAUGGGCUCAUUCUAAUGGGGAUUUUGAUGAGACGCCCGAGCAAACAAUUUACUGUAUUUAUUAUCAAGGGACUGGAUCAUUGAGAAAACCAAGUGAUUACCGUUUAACCCAAUCUGAAGAUUUUUUUGAAAACUGGGAAUAUGUUAAUUUUAAUUCUGAUGGUGAUGUCAGUGGCGUCAUAGGUCUUGGAACAAUUAAAAAAUAUUUGGUUGCAGCUGUAAAAGAUAUCAAUUCUUUAGAUAUGAAAAUGUAUGUAUCCACAGAUGGGCUAAAAUGGACUAGAGCACUUUUCCCAAAUAAUGAAGGACCAACUCAUAAACAUGCAGAAGAAAAUGCAUAUACUAUACUAGAAUCAUCUACAAGUCAUUUGGUAGUUGAUCUACUUUCAUCAGAUUCUCAUAAUACAGGAAACUUGUUUUUCUCAAAUUCUGAUGGAACUUCUUUUGUCAAUCGUUUGAAAUAUACAAAUCGAAACAACAAAGGUUUUGUGGAUUUUGAAGCUGUUCAAGGUGUUGGUGGAAUUUUACUCGCAAAUAUUGUGAGUAAUCAUCAAGAUGUCGACAAAGGAAGUGCCAUAGCGAAAAAAAUACAGUCAAUGAUUUCUUUUGAUGACGGUUCUUCAUGGAAUUUUAUUAAACCUCCAGAAAAAAGUUUAGACGGUAUCGAUUUCCAAUGUGAUAGUAAGAAAGACUGGCAAAAUGGAAAAUGUUCGUUACAUUUACAUUCAAUUACAACCGCUCGUAAUAUUGGUCAUAUUUAUUCAGCUGGUGCAGCGCCAGGUGUUUUAAUGGGAGUUGGAAAUGUAGGAUCAUAUCUCCUUCCUUAUGGGCUUUGUGAUACCUUUCUUUCUUAUGAUGGAGGAUUGACGUGGAGAGUCGUCAGACUCGGUGCUCAUUUGUAUGAAUUUGGUGAUUCUGGAUCUAUUAUAGUUAUCGUUGAUAAUGAACAGCCAACAGAUCGUAUUUUGUAUAGUUAUGAUCGUGGUGAAAAUUGGAACGAACAUCUUUUAAAGGAUAAUAUUCGUGCAAGAUUUCUUACAACGGAUCCCGAUUCGACAACAAAGAAAUUCCUCCUUUUUGGUUCAAUUAUAUCGGAUCAUGAUAGUAAUAAUCUAUACUACAUGUUCUACUUAGAUUUCUCGAAUUUAUUUGAUAGAAAUUGCAAUGAUAACGAUUUCGAAAAUUGGGUCGCGAGAAAUUUGGACACUGGCCCUGAUUGUUUAAUGGGUAAAAGGUCAUCUUAUCGUCGUCGUAAAAAAGAUGCCAAUUGUUUCGUUUCGAAUGAAUUCGAAAAACCUAUUCCAAAUGAAGAUUUAUGUCCCUGUACAGAAGAAGAUUUUGAAUGUGAUUUCAACUACAGUCUUGAUGAAGAAACCAACAAAUGUACACUUUCGGGAACUGAACGUAUUCCUAAAGGAGAAUGUAAAGAUGGCCAAGAAAAAUAUUUGGGAUCUUCAGGCUAUCGUAAAAUUCCAGGAAACAUGUGUGACCCUGAGAAACCAGGAUCAAUAGAUCGUGCUACCCCAACUGAAAAAUCAUGUUCAGAAGGUCAGUCAGAUGGUGAAGUUUCACAUAAAACUCUUGAAGAAGAUUUCGAUUUUUAUUUCUUUUUCAAUAAUUCUCAAGUGUUAUUUGCCAAGACAACUGAUGGCAAAAUUAAAAGAAGUAAUGAUGGUGGUACUAAUUGGUCAAAUGUCCUUGAUGAUGCCGGUAUUAUUACGCAUAUGUUCUUACAUGAUCACGACGAAAAUCGGGCGUAUUUUUUCUCCGAUCAAAAUGUUAUGUGGUAUACUACAGAUCGCGGAGAAACUUUUGACAAAACUAAACUUCUUUCUGAGCCCAACAAACUUAAUCUUCCAUUACUUGAUUUCCAUCCAAAGAACCCUGAUUGGUUACUAUUUAUGGCUAGUACUUCAUGCCCUAGAUGUCAUUCAAUAACCUAUUUCUCUAAAGAUAAUGGAAAAACAUGGGAUGAAAUUGAAACUUGGGCACAAAAAUGUAUUUUUGGAGAAGAUACAAAUUUUCCAAUAGAUGAUAAUACAAUUUUUUGUUCUUCUUACAAAAAUAAACAGUCAAAAACCACACAAGAUGAAUUAGGUGGUAGAUCUUCAGUUACAAAUCCUUUACAACUUGUCAAGUUGAAAACUGAUGGUAGUGCAAAGGUGGUUUUAUUAACUGACAAUGUCGUUGAAUUUUUCAUCUUUAAUGAAUUUAUGGCUGUUGCUACGGAAGAACUUGGGCAAUUGAAUCUACGUAUUUCAAAGGAUGGAGAUACUUUCAAUGAAGCAAUUUUCCCACCAGAUAUAGGUGUAGACAAACAAGCAUAUACUAUUCUUCAAUCAACUACCGGAUCUGUGUUCCUUGAUGCAUACAAAUCUAUCAAUUAUGGAUCCGAGUAUGGUUCAUUGUUUAAAUCUAACUCAAAAGGAACCGCCUUCGAUAAAAUCCUUGAUAACACCAACCGCAAUAAUAGAGGAAAUGUGGAUUUCGAAAAAGUUCAAGGAUUAGAUGGAAUUAUUCUCGCUAAUAUAGUUGAUAAUGUUAAUGAACUUGGUGGUGGCUCCAAGAAAAUAAUAAAGACAUUGAUUAGUUAUGAUGAUGGUUCUCACUGGAAACCUUUGAAACAUAAUGGGGAUCGUCUUCAUUUACAUAGUCGUACUGAUAUUCUUGGACCAGGUAGUGUAUAUAGUGCCUCACCUGCGAUCGGCCUUUUGAUUGGAGUUGGCAAUGUUGGAGAUCACCUUUUGCCAUACACCGAAUGUAACACGUUUAUGAGUCGCGACGGUGGUAGAAAUUGGAAAGAAAUACGACGUGGAGAAAGUUUACAUGCAUAUGGUGACCGAGGGACAAUUAUUGUUGUGGUAGAUGAUGAAGCACCCACAGAUCACGUAUUGUAUAGUUGGAAUUACGGGAAAGAUUGGAACAAAUAUAUAUUCUCAUCAACUCCUGUCCGAGUUAAAUUUCUUACAAAUUCAAAUUCCAAUGGUAUGAAAUUCUUGUUACUUGGAUACACUGUACCAGCCAAUAAAGUUCGACCAGUUACUGUUACCAUUGACUUUACACAAUUGAAAAAAAGAAAAUGCGUAUUGGAUAAAGAUGAUGAUGCUAAAAACGAUUUUGAAUUAUGGAAUCCAAUGGAUCAAGAAAGUGAUGAUCAUAAGUGUCUUUUGGGCGAAGAGAUAAAGUAUUGGCGACGUAAAGCUAAUAGAGAAUGUCAUAUCGGAGAUAUGAAAGAUGAUCUAAUAACAGUACAGAAAAAUUGUGAAUGCACCAAACACGAUUUUGAGUGUGAUAUUGGUUUUUGGCGAGACGAAAACCGAAAAUGUACGUUGAAAGGACCUGAUCCAGAACGUCCACCUAAUUGCCCUGAGGAUGGGACAUACACAGGACGCUCAGGUUAUGUUAAGAUGGAAAAAUCAAAAUGUAAAGGAGGUAAAAACCUUGGUGAAAAGAUUGAAAGAAACUGUAAAUCAGAAAACUCUGGUAUUAUUUCUCAAACGAAAGUAUUUGAAAGUCGAAUUGCCAAUUACUUUUAUUCCAAUGAAUCCACCGCCAUUUUGGCACGAACAAUGGAUCACACGAUAUGGAGAAGUAUUGAUGAAGGUUAUUCAUGGAACACAAUCGUUAUGCCUGAUGUUGAUGUUAAAGUAAUUGCUUUGGUUCAAAAUUCUUAUUUCAGCAAUUAUGUUUAUUUUAUUACAUCUGGAAAAAAACAUUAUUAUACUGAUGAUUUUGGGAAAACUAUCAAAAGUCUUGUUGUCAAAGCUGAGCCCAAUGGGUAUCUUGCUCCGACAAUUCUUGAUUUCCAUCCUAGUGAGCCGGGAUAUUUGAUUUACACGGUCGGUAAGAAUUGUGAAACCUUAUACUCUCCAAAUUGUCAUACUGAGGCAUAUUAUACUCGGGAUUUCGGUGAAAAUUGGGAUACACUCGAUACAUAUGUUGGAACAUGUUCAUGGGCUCGUGAUAAGAACUUCAACGUAUCCCCAAAUCUUAUUUUUUGCGAGUCGUAUCGUGAUAAAGAAGGAUCUCAAUUAUCAUUUUUCAACAAUCCACUUCAAUUUGUAUCUUCAACGGACUUUUUCAAAAAUAAAAGGCUCCAUUAUCAAAAUAUUGUUGGAUUCGCCGUUUUUGAAGAAUUUAUGGUUGUUGCUGAGCUUAUGGAAACUAGCGCAAGUCUUCGUCUUUGGGUUUCGGUUGAUGCUGAAAAAUUUGCGGAAGCCCAAUUUCCACCAAACAUGCCAAUAACUCGAGAGGUUCGCCUUUACUUAAAAAAUAAAUUUGGCAACGUCUUGAAAUCCGAUUCGAAUGGAACUUAUUAUUCGUUAUCAUUGGAAAACGCCAAUCGAGAUGAUCGCGGUUACGUUGAUUUUGAAAAAAUGCAAGGCAUCCGAGGGAUUGCUUUGGCAAAUAUCGUUAGUAACGUUAAUGAAGUUAUUAUGGGAUCCAUUUGGAGUUUUUUGAAACGACCAAAAGUCGAUUCAGAUGACAAUAGAUAUGAAUGCGAUACAGAUGAAAACGAGAACGAUACGGAAGGUCGUUGCGCUUUACACUUGCAUAGCUUUACUGAACGUAGAAAUCCUAGCGAUUCUUUCAGUUCCUCUUCUGCUGUUGGUUUGAUGAUGGGCGUAGGAAAUGUUGGCGAAUAUCUUACUUCAUACUUUGACGGAGAUACUUUCCUAACUAGAGAUGCAGGUGUCACAUGGACGGAAAUUAAAAAGGGUGCUUAUAUGUAUGAAUUUGGAGACCAAGGUGGAAUUUUGGUGUUGGUUGAUGACGAGCGUGAAACAGACCGCGUAAUAUAUUCACUUAACGAAGGAGAUUCAUGGCAAGAAUAUAAGUUUCUUAAAAACAAAGAAAAACCGAUCAGAAUUAUAGAUAUUGAUAUCAAGCCAGGUGGAUUAAGCAGUAAAGACGAUGAUUUUGAACCUUGGUCACCAAGCCAUGCAAAUCAUGCAAAUUCAGAAGAUCAAUGUUUAUUCGGUCGCAAGAUUACGUAUCAGCGAAAGAAACCCGGGAUAGAAUGUUUCAUUAAAGAUAUUAAACCUGUUGAAGAAGGAAGUAAAUGUGAAUGUAAAAGACACGAUUUCGAAUGUGAUUAUAAUUACAUGCGUAACGCGACAGAUUAUUGCGUAUUGGUGUCUCCUGACGCAAAACCAUUAGUUCGUAGUAUUUCUGAACAAUGUGCUAAUGGUGAAGAAUUUUGGUAUGAAGGGUCUGGUUAUCGUAAACUUGCAAUAUCCAAUUGUACGGGAGGAUCCGUUAAUUAUACUGGUGAUAGUCAUCGUUGCCCGGGACACCAUUCCGCUUUAUUCUGGAUAUUUGUUGUAUUGUCGCCUUUCGUCAUUGUUGGAAUUUUGACAAUUUGCUUAAUUAACAAAAGACAUGAACGACAUAUUCGACUCGGAAGUUCUCUUGAACCUAAUUCUAUCCUAUCGUCUAUCAUUGAUAUAUUUUAUCAAAUCAAAAUACCAAGAUUUAUUUCAAGAUUAUGGUUUAAAGUCCCAUUACCGGGUCGCGGAUACCGUUAUUCACCUGUUGCUACAGAUGAUGGACAUGAAGUUUUAAUGGAUGAUUAUGAUCAUGAUAUCGAGGCUUCAUAA